AUGACGUCGAUGAGCAUUUUCGAUCACAAAGUUCCCGACGAUGACCACGACUACUACGACGUCACAUUCUUCGAAGAUACCAUUUUGACCUUAGUCACAGCCAAAACAUCCUACGUCGACUUCUGGAUCAACGACAUCGAACGCAUCCACCGCCGCCGUCUCCACUCCCUCGUCGUCGGCCUCUAUAUUGAGUGGCGUCCUAACCGUCGGAAUAACGUAAACCCUGUCGCCACCCUCCAACUCUGCGUUGGACACCGCUGCCUGAUUUUUCAAAUCAUCCACUCCCCUACAACCCCAUUGCUCAGAGACUUCCUCCUCAAUCCUUCCUACACCUUCGUCGGCGCUGGCAUCGAGGAUGACGUCAAGAAGCUGAAGGACGAUUACAACCUCGACGUUGGGAGGACGAUGGACUUAAGGGCGUUGGUUACGGAGAAGUACAAUCGGCCGGAUCUUGGGAAUGUUGGAUUGAAAGGAUUAACAAGAAUCGUCCUUGGGAAGGAGUUGAUCAAGCAGAAGAUUGUUUCGAAAAGCAGAUGGGAUAAUCGACGGCUGUCUCCGGCGCAGGUAGAAUAUGCAUGCAUCGAUGCUUUCUUGAGUUUUGAGAUCGGUAGGAUCUUGAUUUCUGGGAUUACGAACUGA